AUAUUUAUUAUAUUUAUCCAUUUUAUUUUUUAAUAAGAUGAAUAUGGAUAGAUGCAACUAAUGAUACACUGAAGCCUAUUCUUACAGCUUGAGAGAGUCAAUGUUGCUCAUCUCUUCUUAACUCUGCAUUCAAGAUGUCACAUUGCUAGCUUUUAAGCUAGCCAUGCUGGGAGUAUUUACACUAUGGAAAUGAACAGAAACUAUAAAUCUGGCUUUUUUUUUUUUUGAUGGGGAGGGGAAGGGGAAGAGUUGGUUAUUAAACAUUUACCAGUGCACAACUGGGUGCAACACAUGUGAACAAAAGUUCUUUUGAAUUGUCAAAAAAUUCAAGAUCUAAAUGGGUUCCAGAACUGAAACUAUGCUUAUCAUAAAAGAAGUGCUGCAUAUUACUGUACUGUGCAAAUUUAACACCAAAGUCUAUGCAAAUAUAUGAUUGAGGCAGGAUUUUCAGCCAGCUACUCUGUCUCUAGAGCCACUUUACCAGUCUUUCCUAUAGUGCCUUCUGACAAGAUUAACUCAGUAUAGUCAUUUGAAGUCAAAAGGGGUGUGAUAUCUUUGGGAGUUCUUACCAUGUUAAGUAUGCCUGUUAAUUACUAAUUAGAGGCUAUCAGUGUUAUGGGGAUGUAGAAAAAUAGAAUAAUAAAGAUUAUGGGCUUGAGUGGUUAGGGAAACCUUCAGAGAAGAGGUAAGGCAUGAGGUGGAUCUUAAAUGUUGUUUUGGAGGUGUGUUUGCUGUGAGGAAGAGGGUAAGCAUGUGAUGGGGGUGGAAGCAAGUAUGAUUUUGGUGUAAAGAAUUUGAAGAGUUUGUUGGGAAAUGACGAAGCAGAUGGAGUGGAAAGGAAAAAUAAUUAGGAUUUGGAACUUAACUGUUUAUAUCAUAACCAGCAAGUAUAUGUUUUUAAAAGUGGGUGAGAUGUGAAGAUGAAAGUGGUCCUUUGGGGAGAUGAAUCUGGCAUAUAUGUGUAGGAUAUAUUAACAGAGAGUAAGUCUGAAAUCAAGUAAAUCUCUCUCAGUCAUCUGAAAGGAAGCAUAAGGUAAAGAAUUUGGGCUUUUAAUUCAGAAAGACGUUGGUUGGAAUACUACUUCUGCUAAUCUGUUACUUUAAAUUCAUGGAUAAGAUGUAGAUAACAACUAGCCAGUGGGGUUGUAAAUAUUACCAAGGGUAUAAAAGAGCCUAACUAGCCUACCAUGAUAGCACCCCCGAGGAGGUAUUAUGAACACUACAUUUACUACUUUUACUUCUAUUGAGGCUACUACUAUUAUAAUAUUUGGUUGGUUACAAUGAAGGCUGGGGAACCAUCAGUGGAAAUAGGAUGUGAGAAUCAGACCCAUCUUUAAUACCAGUGGGAGCAAGAAUUUACAAACAGAAUCUCACUCAUUAUAUUUCUAUAUACCUUAAUGGUGCAUAUAAGUGAAGAAACUGUUAAAUAAAACAUGUUCUAACCUCCUAAUUUGACCAAUACAUCUCAUUAGGUGAAUGACCAUUUAGAAUUCUCAGAUUUUGUAGUAGUUCUGUUCUAGAACAUAGUGUGGCAAAGGGAGAACUGACCCUCUGUCAUCUGGUCCUUGUCCUAUAGUCUAUCUCCUUUUUCCCAUAUGCUAGGCUCUUUGCCAUAGCAAGCCCACAUGCUCAUCCCCCAAGCAAUCUUGCCCCACCCCUUGCAAGAUUAUCUCUUGUUUACCGGUUGGGCCUAGAGGAUACUUGGUCAUUCUGGCAUUUUAUGGUAGAGAAUACAUUGAGUUUGGCUUAUGGAAAGAAUAUGAGGAAGAUGCAGCAGUUUGGUUGUGUGAACUUCUGCUUCUACUACAAAGAGCACUUAAAAGAGAGGUCUUCCAUUGACAUUCAGAAAGAGACCAUCAUGCAGACAUCAGAGACUGGGUCGGACACAGGUUCGACAGUGACUUUACAAACAUCUGUGGCUAGUCAAGCAGCAGUGCCUACACAGGUGGUACAGCAAGUACCAGUACAGCAACAGGUACAGCAGGUACAGACUGUGCAGCAGGUACAACAUGUUUAUCCAGCUCAGGUUCAGUAUGUGGAAGGAAGCGAUACUGUCUACACCAAUGGAGCAAUCCGGACAACAACUUAUCCUUACACCGAAACGCAGAUGUACAGCCAAAACACUGGAGGGAAUUACUUUGAUACUCAAGGGAGUUCCGCACAGGUGACUACUGUGGUCUCAUCCCACAGCAUGGUGGGUACUGGUGGGAUUCAGAUGGGCGUCACAGGAGGACAACUCAUCAGCAGCUCUGGAGGAACCUAUCUGAUUGGCAAUUCAAUGGAGAAUUCUGGUCACUCAGUGACACACACAACUCGGGCCUCUCCAGCGACAAUUGAAAUGGCGAUUGAGACGCUGCAAAAGUCUGACGGUCUAUCCACUCACAGAAGCUCUCUUCUCAACAGCCAUCUCCAGUGGCUGUUGGACAAUUACGAGACAGCAGAAGGAGUGAGCCUUCCCAGAAGCACUCUAUACAACCACUACCUUCGACAUUGUCAGGAACACAAACUGGACCCAGUCAAUGCUGCCUCUUUUGGAAAACUAAUAAGGUCAAUUUUUAUGGGGCUACGAACCAGGAGAUUGGGCACUAGAGGAAACUCCAAGUACCAUUACUAUGGGAUUCGUGUCAAGCCAGAUUCCCCUCUUAAUCGUCUGCAAGAGGACAUGCAGUAUAUGGCUAUGAGACAACAACCCAUGCAACAGAAACAAAGGUACAAGCCUAUGCAGAAAGUGGAUGGGGUUGCAGAUGGUUUCACAGGAAGUGGUCAACAGACAGGCACAUCUGUUGAGCAAACUGUAAUUGCCCAAAGCCAACAUCAUCAACAAUUUUUAGAUGCAUCUCGAGCACUUCCAGAAUUUGGAGAAGUUGAAAUCUCUUCUCUGCCAGAUGGUACUACCUUUGAGGAUAUCAAGUCACUGCAGAGUCUUUAUCGAGAGCACUGUGAGGCAAUACUGGAUGUUGUGGUGAAUCUUCAAUUUAGCCUGAUAGAAAAAUUGUGGCAAACAUUCUGGCGCUAUUCUCCCUCUACUCCAACUGAUGGCACUACCAUUACUGAAUCAAGCAAUCUGAGUGAAAUAGAAAGUCGACUUCCGAAAGCAAAGCUGAUAACUCUGUGCAAACAUGAGUCUAUCCUGAAAUGGAUGUGUAACUGUGACCAUGGGAUGUACCAGGCUUUGGUGGAGAUUCUCAUCCCCGACGUCCUUAGACCUAUUCCUAGUGCCUUGACCCAAGCCAUUCGAAAUUUUGCAAAAAGCCUUGAAGGUUGGCUUUCCAAUGCCAUGAACAAUAUUCCACAGAGAAUGAUACAAACCAAGGUUGCCGCUGUAAGUGCCUUUGCCCAGACUCUGCGAAGAUACACAUCGCUCAAUCACCUGGCCCAGGCAGCUCGUGCAGUGCUUCAGAACACUUCCCAAAUCAACCAGAUGCUCAAUGACCUCAACCGUGUCGAUUUUGCCAAUGUCCAGGAGCAGGCUUCCUGGGUGUGCCAGUGUGAUGACAACAUGGUUCAGAGACUAGAAACAGACUUCAAGAUGACUCUUCAGCAGCAGAGCACCCUGGAGCAGUGGGCCGCAUGGCUUGACAACGUCAUGAUGCAAGCACUGAAACCCUAUGAAGGAAGACCCAGUUUUCCUAAAGCUGCCAGGCAAUUUCUGCUAAAAUGGUCUUUCUACAGCUCAAUGGUUAUUCGGGACUUAACCUUACGCAGUGCUGCCAGCUUUGGCUCUUUCCACCUGAUCCGUCUACUCUACGAUGAAUAUAUGUUCUACCUAGUAGAACAUCGUGUUGCUCAGGCAACAGGAGAGACACCCAUAGCAGUCAUGGGCGAGUUUGGUGAUUUAAAUGCUGUGUCUCCUGGAAAUCUGGAUAAAGAUGAAGGCAGUGAAGUGGAAAGUGAAAUGGAUGAAGAACUGGAUGACUCUUCAGAGCCUCAAGCCAAAAGAGAGAAAACAGAGCUGAGCCAGGCAUUUCCAGUGGGCUGUAUGCAGCCUGUUCUCGAGAGUGGCGUGCAACCAAGCCUCCUGAAUCCAAUUCACAGCGAGCACAUCGUCACAAGUACUCAGACUAUCAGGCAGUGCAGCGCUACAGGAAAUACCUACACUGCAGUCUAAAGAAUAUUAAAGCGUAUUUUUCCAGCUUACAUUAA